CGCUCCCGGCCGCGUGCGGCGCGCACGUCUGCGCAAGCGCGGAGGCUGUGGCAGUUGGCCGGCGCGCCACUGCGCAUGUAUGUCAAUUAAAACGGUGGGUGUCGGUCGGGACGCUUUCGAGUGACAGCGCGGGUGAGGUCGUUGAGCUGGCCGGCGCCUCGGGUUUUCCGGGGCCGCGAAGGCACCACACCCGUGCAGAUGGAGCAGUGUGCUAGUCACCCUAGCGGUAAAGGUUGGUAUCUGUGCUGCACUUUCCCAUCAAAUGGGGACAUUGCUGGGACAGUGCCGGCUGGCUCAGUUGGCGGAGGAUGUGACUCUCCAUCUCCAGAGGAGACCAGGGGAAAAGGAAACGGAGGGCCGCGCUCUCUCGGCAGCACAUACACCAAAACUGGACCGAAACAGAGAUUCUCACGGCCUCUGUCCAAAGAGGGGAGCACCACUGAGCCUCUUUGUCGAGCCAAACCGUCCCCUAGCUUUAUUAAUCUUCAAGCAAGUUCCCCGCCGGCCACAUUCCUGAGCGUCCAGGCGGCACAGCUGCCCACAGGAGCUGACCCCACGCCCACGGAAUGCCUGGGGCUCCUGGAACGCAUGUACGCCAAUAUCCAGCUUCAGACCCAGCUCGCGCAACGGCAGAUGGCUAUUUUGGAAAACUUACAAGCAUCCAGGACACAACCAGCUCCUGGGAGGGGCAGCAAGAACUCCUCCCUCCCGGCCUUGUCCCGCAGCCUGCUGCCAAACCGCCUGCCCCAAUUCAGGAAAUGAACUGUGGAACAAA